UCAACGUAUCGGUUGUAAAAUUCUACAGGGACUGAUGUAGUGUUGGAACUUUACAUCCUUAGCUUACGUUCGGGAAGUAAAAAACACAGGAAUUUACCACCAACAUGACAUAACAAAAGUAGAAAUUUACUACCAACAUUUUGAGGUUAUGUCGAAAACAAUUUGAUUUGUUUUUAAUUUAUUAAUUUACGGACUAGUUGAAAUGGAAGCUUUGAAAUAUUCCGUUGGUUGCAUGGCAGACAAGAAGUGUUCCCUGGUAAAAGUCCACGAUUGUAAAAUUUGCCCAUACGUUACAACAUCGUUUUUUCUGAUGAUGAACCACAUUCGCCGUCAUCAGUCACCCUUGAUAUCUUUUACCUGUGAAAACCCCCUUGAUUCUUACCAUUGCAAAGACUGCGAUUUUCAAACCGAACUAACGUUACUCUUCAAGCAACAUAUUAAAGACCGUCAUGGAAUUAAACAAGAAAACGACGACGAUUUGAUUGUGCAACACAACAAUCAAAAGCACGUUUGUAGAAAGUGCGGCUUUGAGACGCAUUUUUCGCUUAAAUGGUUACGUCACAUGAAAGAAUGUAAGCGACGUUCUUAUAAAACUACAGAAAAAUCAGAUUGGAAACAGCAUAUUCAGCGGCAUCAUGGAGAUGAAAAAGACAUCAAUUGGUACCAAUGUGAAAAGUGCGAAUACAAAAACAAAUAUCGCCGGUCUUUAUACAGACACGUAAAAAGGUGGCAUCUAGACAAGUGGCUCCAUUGCACUUUGUGUUCUUACAGGACCGUAGACAAAUGUGAUUUGAAAAAGCACAUUAACAGACGACAUGUUGUUGACUUUGACCCUAAAUGGUACAAAUGUGAACAGUGCUCAUUUAGAUAUAAAAGCAAGAUAUAUUUGACGAGACACGUGAACUUUUCUCAUAUGGACGAAAAAGACGCCAAAUGGUACGAAUGCCAACAUUGUCCAUACAAGACUAGUGAUAGUUCGAACUUAACGAGACACGUGAAAAGGAAGCAUUUUAAUGGAAAAAGUAUCACGUGGUAUCAGUGCAACAAAUGUUCAUUUAAAACAAAACGCGAGGAGGGUUUACAGAAACACGUGGACGCGUCGCGUUUGAACGGACAAUGUGAAAACGAUGCCAAGUUGUUUCAAUGCCAUAAUUGUCUAUACAAGACGAGAAAUCGUUCGAACUUCUGGAGACACGUGCAGUUGCAGCAUUUGAAUGAGGAAAGUGUCAUGCAGUAUCAGUGCAAGGAGUGUCAAUUCAAAACCAAAUAUAGGGAUUGUUUACGGAAACACAUGAAUGCGCGGCAUUUGAGAGGGGAAGAUGUCACGUGGUAUCAGUGCAAGGAGUGUCCAUUUAAAUCAAAACACUUGGUGCUUUUACAGAAACACGUGAACUUUUGUCAUUUGGACGAAAAGGAUAUCAAGUGGUACGAAUGCCAACAUUGUCCAUACAAGGCUAAAGGUAGUUCGAACUUAAUAAGACAUAUGAAAAGCAAGCAUUUUAAUGAGAAAAGUAUCACGUGGUAUCAGUGCAACAAGUGUUCAUUUAAAACACAUCUCGAGGGGACUUUACAGAAACACGUGGACGCGUCGCGUUUGAACGGACAAUGUGAAAGCGAUUCCAAGUUGUAUGAAUGCCAUCAGUGUCCAUACAAGACUGGAAAUCGUCCGAACUUUAGGAGACACGUGAAGGCGCUGCAUUUGAAGGAGGAAAGACUCAUACGGUAUCAGUGCAAGGAGUGUCCAUUUAAAACCAAAUAUAAGGAUAGUUUACAGAAUCACGUGAAGGUGCGGCAUUUGGACGGACACGGCCUUAAAUGGUACAACUGUGACAAGUGCCAGUACAAAGCUCGGGUUCGCUCAUAUUUAAACAAACACAUAAAGACGCGGCACUUGGACGAAGACCAAAUCAAGUGGCACCAGUGCAAUGAGUGCCCCUUCAGGAGCAAAGCAAAAAGAAAUUUGAGAGUACACAUUAAGGCACGACAUCUGGACGAUCAAAAUGCGUAAUGUUACAAAUGCAAACAGUGCCCAUUUAAAACUAGGUGUUACAAAUCUCUAAUCAAACACGCGAACGCUUAUCAUUUGGACGAAAAGGACCGCAGGUGGUACGAAUGCCAACAGAGUGUCAUACAAGUCUAGAGAUCGUUCGAAUUUAAAGAGGCACGUGAGAACCCAUCAUUUGAAUGGGAAGAGUAUUAGUACAUGAACUGUCCACUUAAAACAAAACGAACAAACAAAAAUAUGAGGUGACGCAACAUGCAGUAAAGUAACGCUUAGAUGCAAAUGAUAUACUACUUUCAAAAUUAACAACAAAAGUAAUUUGAAAAACCAUGUGCGUAAUCCGAAUUUUACAUGUAGUAGUUCAGUUUGUUUUUGUAAUGUUCUUUAUUAAAAUAUAUAUAAACCACCCUAAAAAACUUAGGGAUAUUUAAA